CAAGCGGGUCUAAAGCCCGCCCCCGCCGCCACGGCGCUGCGGGUGAAGCCUAGGCUGUUCCUCGGAGGGUGGAGGGUUGGGGGGCCCGCCAGGGAAGUGGGGGGCCCCGUGCCGUGCCCCUGUGUGCCCACCUCUGGUCCCCCCGGCACCGAGGCUGCUGGAGCCCAGGGUGUUUUUUUACUUGUCCCGCCACCUCCCAGACUGGCCCAACAUGAUACUGACUAAAGCCCAGUACGACGAGAUAGCCCAGUGCCUAGUGUCUGUGCCUCCCACCAGGCAGAGCCUGAGGAAGCUGAAGCAGAGGUUCCCCAGUCAAUCGCAGGCCACUCUGCUGAGCAUCUUCUCCCAGGAGUACCAGAAACAUAUUAAGAGAACCCAUGCCAAACAUCAUACUUCGGAAGCAAUUGAAAGUUAUUACCAGAGGUACCUGGAUGGAGUGGGGGAAAAUGGAGCUGCCCCAGUGCUCCUGGAGCUGGCCAAUGAGGUGGACUACGCACCCUCAUUAAUGGCCCGGAUUAUACUGGAGAGGUUUCUACAAGAACACAAGGAAACUCCACCCCUUUUCCCCUCAUCACAUAGGAACAGGAAGAGAGAAGUUCCUGAGGCCACUGAGAUACCCCAAGCUCAGGAUACCGCAGCUGUAUGUGAUGAUCUAAAUGCGAAUGGUCUUCAUUAUCCCCGGCGUAAUGCCUCCAAGUCUGUUAUAAAUAGUCUGCUACGGGACCCUUCUCAGAUUCCAGAUGGAGUUCUAGCAAAUCAGGUCUAUCAGUGCAUUGUGAACGACUGCUGUUAUGGACCGCUGGUGGACUGCAUCAAACAUGCUAUUGGCCAUGAGCACGAAAUCCUGCUGAGAGACUUGCUUCUAGAGAAGAACUUGUCCUUCCUAGAUGAAGAUCAGCUCCGUGCAAAGGGUUAUGACAAAACACCAGACUUUAUUUUACAAGUACCAGUAGCUGUAGAAGGGCACAUAAUUCACUGGAUUGAAAGCAAAGCCUCAUUUGGUGAUGAAUGUAGCCACCACGCCUACCUGCAUGACCAGUUCUGGAGCUACUGGAAUAGAUUCGGGCCGGGCCUGGUCAUCUACUGGUACGGAUUCAUCCAGGAGCUGGACUGUAACCGGGAGAGGGGCAUCCUGCUCAAAGCCUGCUUCCCCACGGACAUCGUCACCUUGUGCCACGGCGCCGCUGCGCCCUGACGGGCCCGCACCAGAGGCUGGGAGGGGAAGGUGGAUCCGGAAGCAAUUUCACUUCCCUGCAGCGUCAACUCCUGGCAACAUCUGCCCUGAACUCCAGCUGAACCCUUGCUGCCCGUGGUCACACCACUGCCUCUUUAGACAAACAUAGCAGGAGUCUCUGUUUUCCUUCAUCCCUGGCUGAUGUGAGCAGCCAAGAGCUACAGACACAACCCACUCAUUGUCAGCGUUUCUGUCUCUGUCAAACAGUUGGUUUAUAGAUAGUCAUAAUCUGUCUUCCUUCCGGAUGGCUUCUCCCUGAAUACUGAACAAACGGGAAAACGUGGGGACCCCAAGGUGUGAUUUUUCAGUGCUCCUCCCAGUCUCCGAAUCACCCUCUUAUUUUUUCCCCCCUAAGAUUCCUCCCCCUCCCCGCUUCUCUUCAUGAAACCCAGACAGACACCCAGGGUUGCAUGACCGCGUGGCAGCAUCCAGCCGGGUCCCAGCAACGCUGAGGCCAUGGUCCGACGCCGAACCCUCGCCC